AUGAGCAGCCUUCCACCUUUGGAAGAGGAGGCGUAUGACAUGUCAGGCGCCCGCCUCGCCCUGACGCUGUGUGUCACCAAGGCCCGGGAAGGUUCCGAGGCCGACCUGGAUGCCCUGGCACGCAUGUUCGAGAAACUGGGGUUUGACAGCACCACGAGAAGAGACCCAACAGCCCAGCAAUUCCACGAAGAGCUGGAGAAGUUCCGAGAGGCCAUGGACGCCCGGGAGGACUUUGUCAGCUGUGCCUUCGUGGUGCUCAUGGCGCACGGCGUGGAGGGUCUCCUCAAGGGAGAGGACGGGCAGAUGGUGGAGCUGGACCGUCUCUUCAAGAUUCUGAACAACAAGAACUGCGAGGCCCUGAGGGGCAAGCCCAAGGUGUACAUCAUACAGGCCUGCCGAGGAGAGCAACGGGACCCCGGGGAAACCAUGGGCGGAGAUAAGAUCAUGAUGGUCACCAAGGAUAGCGCGCAAACAAUCCCCACGUACACAGACGCCCUGCACAUCUACUCCACCAUGGAGGGGUACAUCGCCUACAGACAUGACAAGGACGGUUCGUGCUUCAUCCAGACACUGGUGGAUGUGUUCACCCAGAACAGGGGGCCCAUCCUGGAGCUGCUGACCGAGGUGACCCGGCGGAUGGCAGAAGCAGAGCUGAUUCAAGAAGGGAAGCCAAGGAAAGUGAACCCUGAGGUCCAGAGCACUCUCCGGAAGCGCCUGUACCUGUACUAG